AUGCUGCUUGCUGUUUGUUCUUUCUAUUUGAGAAACGUGAUUUGCGACUGUAGCGCUGACGCUGCAAACACUAUACGAGCAGCUCAUGUGGAAACCCAGUGUUCAACUGCCUCGGAGAGCAGCACCUAUUCAGCAACAGUCAGUCAAGGCUAUGUUUUACCAGAAGGAAAAAUCAUGCCAAACACAGUCUUCGUUGGUGGAAUUGACAUAAAGAUGAAUGAAGCAGAAAUUCGUAGUGUCUUUGAACAAUAUGGUACUGUGAAGGAGGUGAAAGUCAUCACUGACAGAACUGGUGUUUCGAAGGGGUAUGGCUUUGUGUCUUUCCUUGAAAAUGUGGAUGUUCAGAAGAUAGUUGAGUCUCAGAUCAACUUCCAUGGUAAAAAGCUGAAACUGGGGCCAGCAAUCAGAAAACAACAAAACUUAAAUUCCUGUGUGCAUCCCAGACGAUUAGUUGUUGGUCCGCCUGCACCACAGUUUCAGAGUGUGUGGAGUAACCAGACUAUGGAGAUUCAGCCAUACGUGCAGCCUCCACCUGUAAUGAACCCAGUAACACCCUAUGUUCAGCCCUAUCCAUACAAUCCAUCACCAGCUGUAAUGGUAAAGCCGCAAGUUCCCGUAGGCUAUCAACCGACUUACGGCUAUCAGCCUCAAACACAGUGGCAUGCUGGGGAUCAAAGAAAUUACUUUAUGCCUCCAUUGUAAUAUUAAAAACCUCUACAGUUUUAUUCUUCAGUAAACUAUUACGGCAAUGAGGAACAAACAUUUAUGCAGACGGAAUGUAGUGUUCCAGAGCCCACACAGUUGCCUAACAGCCCAAAAAAGAAGUCUGUGGACAGGGGCAUGCAGACAAUAAUAUCUGUUCAGUCUGAUCCUGACAGCCAGCUGACAAAUGACAUUGUAUCACAAGAGAACAAUGUAAAGGAGAGUAAGACAUACCACUUCAGGAAAGGAAGGACAGUACACAAAAAUGUUUGA